UGUGCUCCACCAGCAGCGGCGCUGGAGCUCUGUCCUGGAUCGGUGGAGAUGGGUUGAGGCGGAGAGGAGCACCGACACCAACGGCCGCUGAGCGAAGCAGUUACAGUUACAGAAGACUCGGGAGUUCUCCCCGGUCCCACUUGGCCCCCGCUCUGCUCCAUUCCCGGCCCCAGCAGGCCAGGGAAUGUCCCGGCGGUGAGAUGCCUUAUGUGGACCGACAGAACCGCAUCUGUGGCUUCCUGGACAUAGAGGAGAACGAGAGCAGUGGCAAGUUCCUGCGUCGUUACUUCAUACUGGACACGCAGCAGGGAAGCUUGGUGUGGUUCAUGGACAACCCACAGAACCUGCCUAUUGGUGCAGACUGUAUGGGCUCCCUCAAGCUCACCUACAUCUCUAAGGUCAGCGAUGCCACUAAGCUGAGGCCUAAGGCAGAGUUCUGUUUUGUCAUCAAUGCUGGGAUGAGGAAGUUCUUCCUGCAGGCCAACGACCAGCAGGACCUCGUAGACUGGGUGAACGCUCUCAAUAAAGCUACCAAGAUCACCGUACCAAAGUUGUCUGAUGGGCAGCAGAAUGCAGAGAACCAGAAGGCUUUGCCAGAUGUCGUAGGGCCCAAGAAACAAGUUUCCUAUAAGACAGAGAUCAUUGGAGGAGUCCCCAUCGUCACCCAGACACAGCAUGAAGGUGGUGAUGGUGUAGACAGAGCGGAGCGUGAGGCCAUGCAUCGCUCCCACAGCCAGCUGCCAUACUUCCUGGGAAGGCCGACUCAGGAGCACACAGUCAUCAAGUCUGGCUACUGCGUCAAGCAGGGCGCUGUGAUGAGGAACUGGAAACGGCGGUAUUUCCUGCUGGAGGAAAACUCAAUGAGUUACUUCAAGUCAGAUUUGGAGAAAGAGCCUCUGAGAAUGAUCCCACUAAAGGAAGUUCACAAAGUCCAGGAGUGCAAACAGAGUGACAUCAUGAUGAGAGAUAAUCUGUUUGAAGUCGUCACCACAUCAAGGACAUUUUACAUACAGGCGGAUAGCCCAGAGGAGAUGCACAGCUGGAUCAAGGCUGUCUCAGGGGCCAUUGUGGCCCAGCGGGGGCCUGGGAGGUCCGCUGCCACAGAACACGGCAGCCGUUCCACUUUCUACCGCAGCCCCGCGGGUCCCCCCGUCCCUCGCUCGCCCAUAUCUGCCAUGCAACCAUGCUACCCAGAGUGGGGGGCUGCUGUCACGUGCGGCACACGCUCGCAGCCUGGCGUGGGACAGCGAGCACUUCAUGAGCCUGCUGCCACGGCCCAGUCACAGCCACACGCCAGCACGCCUGUCCCUGCAGGAGACGCGCCUGGCAAAGUGACCUGCGAACCAACUGUGACCACCAUCAACAACUCUGAGGAGUCACCGUGGCGACGGCGGAGCAGCUUUGAGCCCCACGUGCCCGAACCACCCCUGGACCUGGAUGACGCUGACCUGCCGGUGAGCGAGGUCUGAGCCGUUGAACUGGACGUUAAAACGUGUUUGUCUGGAUAUGGACUCCACAGAUAGAGAGGAAACUGUGCACAGUAAGUGUUUCAAAAGGGCAGGCAUUGGUUUUCAAACCAAAGCUGUUGGCGGAUGACAGCGUGCAACAUCACAAACUCAACUUUUGAGCUCCUCCGUCAGUGCCGUCAGUGCCGUCAGUGCUCUAGAGACACACGUUGGGUCACCACUGAACUGCACUCGUGUGCCAAAGACAACCCAGUCUGCACCCACACCCCUCUGCCCGCCUGCUGUCGCAUUUACAAUCGUGUAUUUAUUUACUUACAGUUGAUGUUGUUAAACAAAACUACACAUUUUUAGUUUACUCGUGCUGAUUAGAAUUCAAUGACAGAGCUUUAUUUUAACCUGUACAGGCACAACGGUGUGUUCAACGGUCUUUGUGGGCGGAGGAUGUUUGUAAACCACUUAGUGCCAUGAAAAUAAGGGAGCUUUCAAGCGCAAACUACUCUUGAUUGAAAAGAGUGUUCAAACUAAAGACUUACUUUUCAUCACCUUUCUAAUCACUAAUUUAAACUGUGCGAUUUGAUUCAUACGCUCACUAUUGUAACCCUGGAUUUGUCUACUAUUGUUUGCCAGUGUUAGGGAUAUGUGUCAAGCAUAGUUUGAGAUCAAAUUCUCACUCUGAUGCAAAUUAUAAUUCAAAGAUUCUGGACUGGUCUAGGACUAAAUGCUGAAAGCUUAGUGUAUGACCCAGUGUAUAUAGACCUAUUUUUUUUUUUUUUUUAUAAAGACUGACUGCCAAGACUGACUUAAAUUUCUCUUUAUUUUUAAAUAUUUCAGUGGGUUGCUCAAUCAUAUAAUGAUGUGCUCACUUUUACCACAAGCUACAUGUAAAGCUACAAUGAAUGGUCUUAUAGAUAAGCUUCCUCUGGAAGUAAAGUGAGUUUGACUGUUCAGAAGCCCAUAAGAAAAACAACAGUUUUGGAAAUUAUAUAAACUAUAUGUACAUGCCUCACAACAUGAAUCAGCUUCUUUGUGGACUACAUUUCAGCGUACCAGACUUUAUGGACUCACUUUUGUGAUACUAGAAGACAUGAGAAAGGAACAAUAGCGUUGUGAGUAAACAGGAAGUACAAGGAGUACGCUUAUAUAUAUUUUGUAAUUCAUAGUAAUAAAACCUUCAGCAAUAGGGCUGGGUCAGUUAUAGAUAAGCUUCAUGUCCUGACAGACUGGGUAAUAACGGGCUCAUAUGAGUUAACUUAUGAACUAACUAUGAGUCCAUUGUUUGAAUAACUGUAUAAAAACCACGCAAACAUUUUGGAUUAACAAAAAAAAAAAACAUUCAAGUUCAGACACUUCCGUUGCUUGUUACCAUUUAAAUGAUUCCUCAGAUUUUUUUUCUGUUUCAUAGUUUUUGUUCAUCUACGGCCGCUCUGUGUGUUGUGUGUUUGCAGAAUAGAGCUGUGUUUGCAGAUUUAUUUUUUAUAUGCUUUUCGAUGUUUCCUGAUCGUAUUCAUUGUACCUGUGUCGCCAACCCAGCAGGAGGUCGCUGCCUCAUGGUUUUAUUUAAAAAUGUCCCACUGUUGUCCUGCUAAAUAAUACACACUAAUCUUUUUUAAAGUGCCUGCUUCAUUUAUGCCCUGCAAAGUUCAAGCUAGUUCACCCUGUUUCAGUCUGGUGUAAUUGGUUUGAAUUGUCUCUAUUUAUUAUGUGGAUGACUUGAAAGAAAUAAACACUGAAAAUGUG